AUGCGGAAGCUUGCUCCCUACUUCUCUACAACUUCACUUUUUGGUGUUUCGGCAAUCGAUGCUUACACGGCCAUCUACACUCCACUGGUGAUUCUGCUAGCGUUCAUUUCGUUGCUCGCAAUUCAAUUUUUUGGCACCCCAAUAAGCUGUGCGACAUAUAAUUCAACGCAAGAUCUUGUCGACAAGCACAAUUUGGUAAUCGAGUUUUGUAGUCGUGAUGCUGCCCAAUUCGUUGAUACUGAGAGAAACUUACCAACAGUUGGCGAUUAUCAGUGGAUUCCUUUAAUCUUGCUACUGUUCUUCGUGUGCUUUUUGUUGCCACAUUUUGUUUGGUUGAUGAGCCGAACUUUAAUUUUUCCAUUUUCGUCUGCAAUGCAUAUAUUGAUGGCUGCCCGAGGGUUGCCACGAGAAAAAACUAAUCACUUGAUGGUAGAAAAUUUACAACAACUGCUACGAAUGAGAAACGAUUUUCGCAUAAAAGACAAGAUGACAGCUCCCAUCUCAAGCCUCUAUAUCGUUUUCAAGCUCUUAGUUUUGGUAUGUAUGACUGUUGCACAUCUGUUUGUGAUUGGCGCCCUUGCAAUGGAUCCCUCACAGCUCAUGAAUUCGGAUCGACACACUACUGGAUUAGGAAUUUUUGCCAAGCUUGCGACGUGUUAUUUUCCUUAUGAGAAGAGCGGAACACGUUACUCCUGCGUCUUAAAGUUCAACACCAUUUGCGAAAAAGUGUUUAUCAUCUUAUUCUUUUGGCUCACAACAAUGCAAAUAUUGGGCAUCCUCAGUAUAAUAUAUUGGAUUUUCAUGCUUUCAAAUUCACAUCGACGGGAAGCAGAUAUGGGUGAAUGGUUCAAAUUGGGAGAACCAUCAGUUUGUCAAUUCUCUAAUCAAAAGCGGUAUGACCGCUUCAUUAAACUUUUGGGUAGUGAUACUUGGUUAUUGCUCACGCUUGCAAGCCAACGCGGCGGAGUAUUUGUGGCAGCUCAAGCGAUUUCUGUACUUUGGAAAAGUUUUGUCAAAAUGGAGAAUGAGUCGCGAUACGGUUUUGGAGCUCAAGAGAGAUCUACUACAAGUCUUUGGUCGCGACAAGAAGAGCUUCCAAUUGUAACCGACUCGGAAAAUGCAACAAACCUGACAACAGAAAUCCAGCAGGAGAUCCUUAAACAAGUCAAUGGAGAAUUGAAAAUCGCAUGGACAAACGAAUCGAUGGAAUUGCCGUUAGCGCAUGUAUAUCAUUGUCAUCUCAUGAGACGAGCCCAAGUACGACUACCCGAUUUACUGAUACAUAUACCGUAUGGAAUGAUUGGCGAGAACGAGUUCUGCAACCCUGUGAUUUACGGAGACAUGCAGCUCACAGCACAAAUCAACUAUGCCCAAAAUUCGACAGAAAAUUUAUACGCAGUUGAGGUGAAUUCACGAUGUGGACGGGCUUAUUAUGAGGCGCAGAAGCUCGAUGCCAUUGCCGACCUCCUUUAUCGAAUGAUUUUAUUGGUCGAGAAUUGUCGAGAAACGGCAUUGGACAAAGAAAAAUCCUCAUCAAAGCCGAUCGGAAACUCUCUUCAUUCCCUCCAAAUGAUUGCGGUACUCAAUAUGGACCUUCUAGACGAAUGGAGCAACGCAGGGUUUAGACGGAUUAAUUUGCAAAACAUGGAGGAAUCACUUAGUCAAGCAUCGUCAUCGAGCAGCGAUUUGGAGCAGGAAUCGAUAAACAAAAAGAAAGCCGAAAAGCCGUCCAUCCAACGA